AAACACUCCCACUCGCUCUCGUCCCAGUGUGUGCAUAUCAUCCGGUGCGAGAGGAGCUCGCUUCAGAAUGGUGAGAGCGAGAGAGAGCUACGUAUAUUUGGCUUCAAACGUGAUCAAGACGGCGGCGCAAGCUCGAGGAUGGGGUUUCCGCAACUGUCCAUGCGAUAGCGAGUCUCGUUGGGGCAUGGAACCUGCUGACAAAAUCACAGGCAUUAGCGUUGGCGCCGCUUCAUGCGUAAACUCCAUUAAGAUAACCUUCGAGAUAGACGGCACCACUGGCGUAACUCCCAGAUAUGGAGGCUCCGACGGUGAACUAUUCCAGAUUACUCUCAUGCAAGAUGAAUACCUCACCUCCGUUUCUGGGUACGUCAGACACAUCUGUUCGGACCUUCCUUGCAUAUCUCAACUCAUGUUUGGCACCAAUCUUGGAAGGACACAUGGUCCAUAUGGAGGUGGGGGUGGAACCUUUUUCGAAGUAAACGUAGAAUAUGACGACAUCAAAGGCUUCUUUGGAUAUGCAACUACUGAGCAUCUCACUGUAUUUGGAGUCUACAUGAUGCCGGCUUAGCAAACCCUCGUGGAGGGUGCUUACUAUCCAUCUCUGUGUAUGUGGUGAUGAAUGAGGAUGCCAUCGUCUAUUACUGACAUCUACGUCAUAUCGUUGGAGUAAUAUCAAAUAAAAAAGUCUUCCUUGAUGCAUGUGUCACUUUCAUA